AGAAAAUGACCAUAAUAUCUAUUGGAAGAGUCGCAGUAUACACGCUGGAUUCGCCAUCCACGUGCUCACAAAUCAAAUUUAAAGUUUUUCUAAAUGUCGUGAAUUCUCUACAUUUUGUUCAACUUCCGUCGUUUUGGUGAACAUGUUGUUUUAAAGCCCGUAUUUUAACCAAGCGAAAUGGGUCGAGUGGCGAGAAAACUAUCAAAAAAGAGCAACAGGCCUCGGGCCAAAUCCAUGUUCACGGCUACAGAGUUAGAAAUUCAGCCUUUAUUGAGUUCAGACAUAAGCAGAACGAGUUUGGCGGAAAACGGAUUUAUAUUUAAGUAUGACUCCGAAACAAGCGAUGUAGAGAAUGCCAAAAAUACUAUUCACACUACUACUUCACCGAAAGCUAAUGAGCUAUUAUAUCCAUAUUACCUGAGGUCGUUUAGCUUAGACUACGAUAUUGUUAACAGACCGAAAUUUUAUCGCAAACUACAACCUUAUAUACCACUAGGAGAUACAAUUACAACAGAACCAUACACUCAAAAUAGUUUAGUUACUAUAUUUGCAAUAUGGAACACGAUAAUGGGUACAUCGCUACUAGCGAUGCCUUGGAGUGUAGAGCGGGCAGGACUCGUGAUGGGACUGAUACUCAUGUUCGCCAUAGCAGGACUCUGUUUGUAUACAUCCAAUCGUAUUUUAAGUGUACAAGUACUUCACGGAAAUGAAUCGGGCGAAGUAGCUCAACUCAGCAAAAAGUUACUGGGCCCUUGGGCAGAAGUCAUAGCCAAACUGUUCUCGUUUAUGAUUCUUCUUGGCGCUAACAUUGUUUAUUGGAUAUUAAUGUCCAAUUUCCUAUACUACUCAGUCGGUUAUUUUCACGAUUUACUAUUUGCAGACGAAAACACGGCGGCUUUCGAAUUUAACAGUACCAAUCUGUUAUGUCCAAAUGACCCCGAUUAUUCGACGUCUUCAAGCAACUCGACCAGGCCGUUCAGUCUGUAUGAAAAGGUGUGGAAUCUAAAUACGACCGUACCUAUUUUCCUCGUUAUAAUCGUUGCUCCUCUCUUGAACUUCCGGUCGGCUACGUUUUUUACAAAGUUCAACUCUUUAGGAACGUUGUCCGUGCUGUAUCUGUUUGUAUUCAUAAUGAUCAAAUCGUACAGCUGGGGAGUGAAUAUCAACAUAUCUACCGUGGGAGGUAUGCCGGACUUUUCGGACCUUUACAAAAACACUUUUCCCGCCACGUCGGGAAUGCUCACCCUUUCGCUGUUCAUUCACAACAUAAUCAUUACUAUAAUGCGGAAUAAUGAGAAUCAAAAGCACAACACACGUGAUUUGACCAUAGCGUUCGUGCUGGUCCUUUUAACGUACUUGCUGAUAGGAAUUACGUUUUACGUGUGUUUCCCUUUGGCCAAAUCGUGUAUCGAAGACAACUUUUUAAAUAAUUUCCCCAGUACAGACGUGUUCAGUAUUGUUGCUCGAAUAUUUCUUUUCUUUCAACUGCUCACCGUAUAUCCUCUAAUAUCGUAUAUGCUCAGAGUUCAAGUAUUUGCAGCUUUGGAACUGUCAAUAUAUCCAAGUGUAUUACAUGUUGUGGCGCUCAAUUGCUUCGUCAUCAUAAUCUGCAUUCUCUUUGCUAUAUUUUUACCACACAUAGGAACAGUAAUAAGAUUUAGUGGAGCCAUUUGUGGUUUUGUAUAUAUUUACACAUUACCGACAAUGUUACACUUGGCAUCCCAAAAGAAGCGUAAUCUUCUGACUACAGGAUCAAUCAUAUUCCACGUAUCAAUAUCAAUAAUAGGGCUGGCAAAUUUAAUUGCUCAAUUUUUUGUAUAAAUAACUACUUUAAAUACGUAUGACUAAAUAUCAUAAUUUAUUUGUAUAUUUAAUUAUUCAUACUUUCUUAUGAAUUUGUAUCGUUUAUAUUGUUCUAACUAUUGUAAUGCAAUGCAGUAAAAAUUUUCACUGAGAUCUCCUCACUGAGAAAGUGUGAUAUCUACCAUAAUUUUUGUUACAUGAUAUUUAAUUAUAUGGCUUGAACAAUAUUUAGUAACUAUUAAGUUUGGAGGUACUUAUUAUUUUUAAAUAAAAAUAAUAGGUAAACUGAAAAAAAUGUAAUUAGGCACAAUCAAUAAUAGACAAUACUGAUAAGUCAGUAGAAUGUAACAAACUGAAGCUUGCCAAAUCCAAAUAUCCAGGAUAGAAUUUUAAAAAGAUUGCAAUAAUUUAAAUGAAAAGAUUUAAAAAAAUGUCCACACUGUUUAUAUCCGAAGUUUUACAUCUAUAUUAUCUCUAUAAUACAAAUUUGGACAGUUUAUCAUAAUUUUUGGUGUUAGGAGUACAGGUGAUUGUAAACUUUACAGUUAGAUAAAAUAAAACAUAUAUACUACAUUCAUAAUUUUAUUAAAUAAUCAAGCAACUAAAAAUAUUUAAAAAAAACAAACAAACAUAUUUAAAAUAUUUCAUUUCAAAAUCCUAUAAGCCCAUACUUUGUCAAUUCCAGCACCAAUGACUAGAUAGGGUUUCAAAUUUGGAAGUGGAAAGCGACAAGCAACUAUCACUGCUUCGCUAGAUAACUCCUUAACAAAUUUUUUUUCGAGAUCUAGCAUCUGUAAAUUAUAAAUUUUU